CUGAAAACGUUGGAGUAGUUUAGCAGCUGAUGUUAGCUAGGUAUAAUGUAAAAAAUUAUGAAUGCGUUGAUUAACCUUAGGAUGAAAAGGCAUUAACUUAUUCAGUGAAUGUUAGUUUAAUGUAAAGGUUGUGAAUAUUGUUACGUAAACUACAUUUCAAAGUCCAGCCACCCGCAAUAGUGUCCGAUUGAGGUUGCGACCCACAGCAGAUAGCUACAUUAUCAGUCAUGGCAGACUCGGGUAACAGCCACCCGAAAACACUAAAUUUUAACGUGGGGGUACUUGGGCAUGUCGACAGUGGGAAGACGUCCCUUGCCAGAGCACUCAGUAGCACAUCGUCCACAGCAGCAUUUGACAAAAACCCCCAGUCCCGAGAGAGAGGCAUCACGCUAGACCUCGGCUUCUCUUCCUUCACGGUGGACCUCCCCGAAAAACUGAGGGAGGACUCCAGGCACCACGGACACGAGAAUCUGCAAUUCACUCUGGUGGAUUGUCCUGGACACGCGUCGCUCAUACGCACAAUCAUUGGGGGGGCUCAGAUCAUAGAUCUGAUGAUGCUGGUGGUAGAUGUGGUGAAAGGCAUUCAGACCCAGACAGCUGAGUGUCUGUUGAUUGGAGAGCUGACCUGCCCCCGCAUGGUGGUCGUCCUCAAUAAGACUGACCUGCUGCCCCCCAACAAGAGACAAACUGCGGUCGACAAGAUGACCAAGAGACUGCACAAGACCUUGGAGAACACGAGAUUUAAAGACUGUCCUGUGAUUGCGGUUGCAGCAAAGCCUGGGGGUCCUGAGGCCCCUGAAACUGAGGAGCCACAGGGAGUGUCUGAUCUAAUAGAGCUGUUGAAGAGCCAGGCAUACCUCCCUCGCAGAGACCCAGGGGGUGACCUGCUUAUGGCCGUGGACCACUGCUUCUCCAUCCGUGGUCAGGGCACAGUCAUGACCGGAACUAUCCUGCAGGGGGCGCUGGCUGUCAAUGACACCGUGGAGAUCCCGGUGCUCAAGGUGACCAAGAAAGUCAAGUCAAUUCAGAUGUUCCGGCGGCCGGUGACUGGAGCCAUGCAAGGUGACCGCGUGGGCGUGUGCGUGACCCAGUUUGACCCCAAAUUGCUAGAACGGGGGGUGGUGUGUUCUCCGGGUUCUCUCCGUACCCUCCAGGCAGCCAUCAUCUCUGUGAGGAAGAUCGGCUACUUCAAGGGUUCCCUGGCCACCCGCGCCAAGUUCCACAUCACCGUGGGCCAUGAGACCGUCAUGGCCCGGGUGACCUUCUUCGGUCUGCCCCCCGAGGAGACCCUCCAAAGCCCCCAGCCGCCUGCCCCAGACGCCCGACCCCUGGACACACCCUUCUCUUUUGACCGGGAGUACUUCUACCAGGAUGAGUAUGUGAUUGGCCAGCGGGAGGCCCAAGGGGCUGGGCCAGACCCGGAGCAGUGGGCGCUGCUGGAGUUUGAGCGUCCGGUCACGUGUCCUGUGCUCUGCUUGGUGAUUGGUUCUAAGCUUGACACAGACAUCCAUGCCAACGCGUGCCGGCUGGCCUUCCAGGGGCGGCUGCUGGAGGGCUUCGAGGAGAAGAGCUACGCGGAAACGACACUACCCAGGCUACGAAUCUACAAAUCCAAACACAAGGAGGGCCAAGUUGAACGGGUGACAGAUGACUACACUGCGAUUGGAAGGAACCUGUUCAAGAAGGAGACCAACCUCCAGCUGUUUGCCGGGUUGAAGGUCACACUGUCGACCGGCGAGGCGGGGGUCAUCGAGGGCGGGUUCGGACAAAGUGGAAAGUUUAAGAUCCGGGUGCCAGACGGUCUCAGUCUUGAGACCAAGCAGCUCCUCGCCUCUACCAAGAAAAAAGGAAAGGGCGUUACUAAGGGGGACCCAGGCAAAGAGGAAGAAGCCAAGGCAGAGUCUCAGCCAAUCAGCAUCAACCUCCAAUUCAAGAGAUACAUCUUUGACCCAGACAAAAAGAUGGUCCAGUCCUGACCUGUGCAGAACCCACAAGAGGAUGAGAUGAGUGAUGUAGGCUUUAAAACAAAUAUAGUUAAACACUGAUUGUGAACAUAUUGCUCACUAUAUUUUAAAUGCAUUUUUCUGUGAUCGAUGAGUAAACUCUCCUGCCAAAUUAGAAGGCGGGUAAUCAGAGUGUUUCCCCUCCUACCACACCAGACCCUCUGUUGCACUGAUGAAGGAUAGACUGAGGACACUGGUUAAGGGGAUAUCCUUCAUUUGGGCUCCAUCAUCUCCACCCAGAUCAAUGAACCAGCGCGAAUGUCUAUCAUAAGGGUCUGCUCAGAAGUGAAAAGCACAGAAUGUCUGGGGAUGUGUCUCUUUGCCAGUGGCAGUAGUGGACACCUGGGUUCAUAGUGUCACAUUACUCCCAAGGGUUACCAAGAGUUACUUUUCUGAAAGAUACUCAAGUAUAACACAGCAAAUGUCCAUAUCUUGUCUUUCUGUUAUGCUCUGUCUUCUCCUCUAUCUACUUCUGUCUAUCCACUGUGCCUUAACGGGCAUAUCCAUGUUAGGUGGUGUUGCCAAAAGAAAUGAUCAUCUCUACACUUGUCUCACGUUGGGGGAAUGGUCACCUCUGAGUUUGGACCCAUUCACUCUUCUCAUGUGAUUUCAAUUUAAAUGUUUCUCUUUUAAUGACAUUUUCAUUUUUGGCUUGGUUCAUUUUUGGCAAGUCCAAGUGAAGCAGCCCUUCAUUUGGACUUGAUUUCCAGCUGGAAUGGGAGAAGUUAGUCUUGAGUUUUCAUUUGAAUAGUUGUGUAUUUCAGAGAAGGAAUAAAGCAAACACAUGCUCACUA